CGCUGACGUCAGCGGGCGGAGUAUUAUGGUCUGGGCUGCGCUGGCGGCUGCCUGUGUGCUGCGAGCGGCCGCGUAAACAUGGAGCUCUCGGCCGUCGGGGAGCGCGUCUUCGCGGCCGAGGCCCUGCUCAAGCGCCGCAUCCGCAAAGGGCGCAUGGAAUAUCUCGUAAAAUGGAAGGGCUGGUCUCAGAAAUACAGCACUUGGGAACCUGAGGAAAACAUCCUGGAUGCCCGGCUGCUCGCAGCCUUUGAGGAAAGCUUUGGUUUUUUUAACACCUCUAGGGAGCGAGAAAUGGAGCUAUACGGGCCCAAAAAGCGAGGCCCCAAGCCCAAAACCUUCCUGCUAAAGGCCCAGGCAAAAGCAAAGGCCAAAACCUAUGAAUUCCGCAGUGACUCUUCCAGGGGGAUCCGGGUACCGUAUCCCGGUAGGUCUCCCCAAGAGCUGGGCUCCACAUCCCGGGCUAGGGAAGGACUCAGAAACAUAGCCCUGGCUCCCCAGAGCAGCUCCAGCACCAGCACCCCCAAGGCAGACACCAUCCGGGACCGGAUGAUCCGAGUGGAGGAGAAACCUGGGGAGACCCCCAAAAAGAGAGGCCCGAAGCCCAGGAAGGAGCUGUACAAGGACCUAGCGGAGACUCUGGAUGCCUCCAAGAGGAAACUGGGGGACCCGGGGGACAAGGUUGGGGACUACCUGAAGGCCAGGAAGAUGGAGGAAGCUGCAGGGGCGGCCAAGUUCGGCUCGGGACACAGCGUCAUCCAACUGGCCAGGCGGCAGGACCCUGACCUCACCGGAGCCCUGCCUGGCCCCAACCGGGCUGAGGUGGGCACCAAGCUGGGAGCCACUGAGACCUUCCCGCCCCGGCUGUCCAAGCACCGGGCGGACUUUCUGGACCCCAAGGGGCAGGGGGGACUGGACCCUGGUGGGCCAAAGCUCCUGCACGGCGCGGUGAGCCCGGGCACCGUGGGCAGCCUGUACCGCGACGGCAUGGGGGGCCAGGCGGGGCGACCCUCGCUCAUCGCUAGGAUCCCCGUCUCCAGGAUCCUGGGGGACCCCGAGGAGGAGUCCUGGAGCCCCUCGCUCAACAACCUGGAGAAGGUGGUGGUAACUGAUGUGACCUCUAACUUUUUGACCGUCACCAUCAAGGAGAGCAGCACGGACCAAGGAUUCUUUAAAGAGAAGCGAUGAGUUUCUUGGAGGUGGUGUUGGGGUUUUCUUCAGUCAGAUCCAGACAAAAGCUUGGUUAGAGCUUGGUGGGCCUUUUUUUUCCUUUUUUUUUCUUUUUUUUUUCUUUUUUAUUUUCUUUUUGUCCUGGAGAGGAUUUAGAAACUGUCCUGAAUUCAUUAACUCAUCCAUUUUUUGGUUUUGUUUUUUUUUUUUUUCCCCAUGUCUUACAUUUCGUUGGAAAGAUUAUCUCUAGAGUUAUAUUUUCUAUUAGAUGUAAAUAUGUUAUUUAAGAAAAAAUGCAUAUAUAUCUAUAUAUAUAUUUCAACUCUGAGUUGUUUUAUUUAAAUGGAGACAACAGUGACUGCUCAGUUGCUCUUAGAAAGGACAAUAAAACUGAGAACGAACAGAGUUCAUGCAUCUGUUGCAGGAGCCGGUGUACAUAACGAAUGAUGUUCAUAGCUAAUUAUGUUCUGGUUUUUUUUAACUAUUAUUUUUCAUAUGAUGCUGUGGAUGGUGGAGGGAGGAUGUGUUGCUCCCUCUGAGGGCAAAGUGCCCUGGUUUCUUGAUUGUGAUAUAAGGUGUUGCUUGUACAAUCAAGUGUGCCGUGUCCAGAACUGUUGCCCUUGACAGUUGAAGCACUUGUAUUUACAGUGUUGUUGGGGAGGGGGUGUUUCCAGUGUAACAAAAAAAAAAUGAGGUUGCUACGAAGUCGGGGCGGGGAAAAGCAGAAAUCCAUAAAAAGGCUAAAAGUGUUCUAGCGGAGUAUUAACUUGAAUUACCUUUUCUCGUGGAAGAAGAGGAGGUUUUGUGUGUGUCAGGUUCCUGAGAGGGAUGAUACUGAAAUGCACUUUAAUAGAGCUGUCGUAGCAGUUGUGGGAGACGGGACUGAGCUGAGAAUCUGUUUUCAUUUUGUCUGGUCGCUUGAUUCUGUUCCCCCACCCACUAAAAAAAAAAAAAAAAUUAACAAAAAACCCAACACAAACCCCUCUGUUUACAUUCCUGAAAUGCCAGAGAGGUUUGGGAGGGUAGCAUGUCACUGCCCAUAUUUAGAUGCUUUAUAACGCUAUAGAAAGUGGAUUAUUAUUCCCACCCCCCCCCCGACACUGUUGACUUCAGCCUGGUGGAAGACUCCAGAUAAGGUGUUUUGUAAUAUCCACAUCUCUGACAAAUCCCAAAGCCACCUUUAUGCAUUCAGAGACAAUAAAUAUUUCCCUUUUCUUAUGCUAGUUAAACAAUAGCCAAGAGGCAAAAUAUUCCCGGGCGUGAGCAGCCCUGCUGACUCGGGUGCCUUUUUGUGGUUGAUUUGCCUGCGUUGUUUCUCCUGGCACUGCCACUUCUCUCCCUGGGCUGGGGCAGGGCACGGCUGUGGGGUUUGGUGGCUCUGGCCACAGUGCAGCCGUUUCCCCUCUGGAUCGAGCAGCAUCCCUGGGCUGCAGCCCCCAGCUCUGUUCAUUCCUCCGGCCACAGGCUGAUCUGGGUGGGGAGCAGGACCUUCACCUGGGAUUUCAGUUGAGGUGUCCCCACCCUGAUGCAUUGGUUUGAACGUCUCUGUGGGUUGGAAAGCACAAGUUGGCUGGCAGCAAGGCUGGGCAGGUUAUCCUCGUCCCUCCUUGCUGGCUGCCCCAGCAGAGCUCUUGAGGGCUCCUUGUUUGGGGAAUGACAGCACAUGGGGCUGGAGGAGUGGGAGAGGGGCUGGGGCAAGGAGCAGCCAGGUGCUUUUGGGCCCAUCCAUGCUUGGUCUACUUCCCCAUCCUUCUUGUGGGACCUGUGUCAGCUAGCCUAGCAGGAGGAUGCUGCAGUGACUGUACAAAGGGAGUCAGGUCUGUGAGGUCUGGAUUUGUUUUGGUUGAUUUUAUUUUUUUUUUGGUUGGUUUAUUUUGAUUUAUUAUUUUUUUAAGGCAUAUUUUGUAAAAUCGAGAUUUUUAACUUGGUUUGUACAAAGAACCAGCGUGCUGGUUUCAGUGUCAGCGCCAGCCAACAUGGGACGUAUGUGUUGUUGGAGGGACAGUGAUGGGGUUGAGCUGCCUGUCCUUCUGCCACUGUGGUGCCAAGGCUGGAGGAUGUCUCCCUUUGCAAAAGAGCCCGGAGCUGCGCUCCUACCCUGCCGGGACACGGUUGGGAUGUGGUGUGCUUCGCUCCAGCCCUGUGUAUAUGUGUGCAUCCUGACACACAUGUAUAUGGAGCAAAACAUAACAUGUGGGUGUAUAUGUGUGUAUGUACAUAGCGACGUAUAUACUGAGUGUGUGUGCGUGCGCGUGUGUGUGCGUGAAUUAUUUAAGACUUGUACAAAAAAACAAUUUGGCUAAAUCUCAGUCUCAGAAGUGAAGCUUAACUACGUGUCUUCUGCCAGCUGUGAAUGUCCAUAUGAGACCUGC